AUGAGCUCUGUCGAAGACGAAGCUGGUAAUAGCAGAUAUGUUAUUGAAGGUCGCGUGUUUCCACCUGAAAAUCAAGUUUUAUCGAACUGGCAGGUUGAAACAAGGAUUCAUGUAAACGGGGGUGAAUAUAUUGGCUUCAUUAAGGAAGAUGGAUCGUUUGCAGUACAUAACGUUCCGACUGGAUCACAUGUGGUCGAAGUAGUUCAUCCUGACUACAUGUACGAGCCAGUAAGAGUAGAGAUUAACUCCAAAGGGAAAUAUAGAGCGAGAAGAGUCAAUUACAUUCAAACAUCUCAAGUUAUUCAAGUCCCUUACCCACUUAGAAUGAAAGCGUUAUCCAAGUUCAGAUAUUUCCAAAUACGUGAACAGUGGCGGUUGACAGACUUCUUGUUCAAUCCCAUGGUCAUCAUGAUGAUUUUACCACUACUGCUCAUUAUGGUGCUGCCCAAAAUGAUGAAUGACCCAGAAACUAAGGAGGACUUGAAGCAGAUUACAAACUUGGCAAAGAUGUCAGAAAUGCCUGAAAUGUCCGAAGUAAUAACAAACUUGUUUAGUGGAGGCGCAACUGCUAAAGCGUCAAAUUCCAAAGCAAAACAAAUCAAAAAGAGACAA